AGAAGAUCCAUUUGUUUCAAACCGCCUUUGAAUAUCUUAACAUCUAGCGACCUGCUUGGAAACGAGAACUCAAUUUACAUUACAGCGUCGGCGGUUUGAUUGUGAACAAGAUGCAGAAAUUAGCUAUUGCACUCGUAUUUAUUUUGCUGGCAAAUUUAGUCAUAGGCUUUGAGUUAGAAAGAGGCGAGUCUGAUUUUACAGCACAACUCAGCGAAUCUGAAACUGAAGUUGCAAGAGAGGAAACAUGCAGGAAAGAAGGUCAAAGCUGUGACAGCUCUCGUAAAUGCUGUGAAGGUUAUGGCUGCCAUGUCCUCGUCAUAGGGUUAGGAUACAUGGGCAGCAUCCGGUGCGGCAAGCUCAGAAAUACAAAAAAUUAAAUCCAUUGCUCAAAAGAUCGUUGCAAACUGGAACAAUACAGGAACUAUGUCAAAGAAACUCAUUUGUAAAUUUAAAAUCUCGAUAUUAUUGAAAUAGGAGCCUUCUUCCAUGUACUGAUUUGUUGCUAGAAUAAAUAAAAUUUAAAAAAAUA